AUGACCGCCACCACCAUGGCGACCCACCCAACUGAUGACAGCCUGCUGGCGAUUGACACUGCGCGAGGUGAUGUGGUUGUGUGCGACGUCGCCAACCACAAGGUCCUCAGCAAGCUCAAAGUGAGCAGAAACGCUCCGGUCAAGUUUGGUGUCUUUGCCCGUCACAGCAGCGUCUUGUUGGUCAACUCUGUUGAGAGCGUGAUCAAGUGCGACUACAGCACCGGUCAGCACACCACCAUACUGCAUCGCAAUGACAGAGCAGAUGACAUGGUCACCGUUUCGCGAGGCAGGGUUGCCCUGUGGGCGCUGGGACCGACCCUGAACCGCGCCAUGAUCCCCACACAGCAGUUUGACCUGUGCCACCUCCGCCCAACGACAGACCCCAGAUGCCGCCCCUACGUCAUUGUGCCCAUUGUUGUUCCACCAGCAACACCUCCCGCAGAUACGCAAAUGCUUGACGACUACGAUGUCACUGCGUUGCCGAACGUACCUGACAUCAUCUGCCAAGCAUCUCGACCAGGCAAAGAAGAUGAUGGAGGCGGCUACGUCGACUUCUUUUGUCCUGGACUGCCUAAUCCAUCUGGCAUAAUCGCGGUGGUGCUGGACGCAUUCUGCUUCAUCACACAGGCCAUCCGCGAGACACGGUGCAAACGACAACAGCACCACCAGGUGACAAGGAUGGCAACCAAGUGCAGCUGA